ACGAGGCGAACGUCAUUUUUUUAUUGUUGCACGCGCUAAUUUUUUUAUUUUUUAUUAAUAACAAACAUUUUCAAAUCAUCAUUUCACAUUCAUGCACCCACUCGACAGCAUUUCUAUCACUCUAUAUCAAGUGUCGUAUGUUCUGUGUUCACAAUAUCGGACAAACUAAAUUAGUAGCCCAUAAGUCCUGUUUGACGUGCGACGGUGUAUUAAACGUUCGUUUUCGAAUUUGUGCGGGAAAAAUAAAUAAUCACGUGCAAUUUGAACAAGAAAUUAUCAACAUUUUUCUAUGUGCACAACAAAUCGGAAAUGGAUUAAUUGCAUGAGCUGAAUCAAAUGGGAAAUCUAGUGACAUUUUUGAAUAACUUCAGUGACAAUAUGAUUGAAUUACAUUUUUACAUGCGACUUUUGACUCAUGAAAGUGUUUGAAAUUGUGGAAGCCGGAUUUUAAUUAGUGAGACAUUCUUUUGGCAUUUUUUUUUUUGGAAAAUAUGCAUGUGAUAACUUAAGUGUGGAAAAAUUGAGAAAUCAUUAUUUGGAAAAGUUUUCGGAAAAAUUCUGACGAAUUCUUAUUCAACUGACCGGAACACGUUUUAGUGAGGCAGAGAUAAAAGCGGAAGAUAAGGCAAGGCCCGUUCGACAGGUGAAUUCCACUGGUAAAAGUUUUGAAGAUUCCGUCACUCACGGCAACUUUUCUCCAUAUUCACAUCAGAAGAAAAUCGCUUCGUUUAGCUAAUGAGAGAAUUUUUCGCACUAAAAUUUCAACGCCCACACGAAAAAUUAAUAAGAUCGGUUUUUUUCUUCUUUUUCUUCGAGAAAAUAUGUCAUUGAACAUUCAAGAUAAUCAGAUAGUUAGGCCGUGAUUGAUAGCCUUUAGCAUUGAAUAGCGCGAAAACAGAGCAACGUACACUGAGAAUCAAAUUGCAAUAAAUAACAACCCAAAAGUAAUCAUCAAAUAUACGCUUGCCAGGAGAAAAAGAUAAACGAUUCAUUGAAGCGAACCACUUGCACGAAGAAAAACACAAAAAGGUGUUAACAGACAUUUUUAACAGUCGUUUUAAAACGAAGAAAAGGUCCACAAAGCAACGAAAUAAACCGGAAAAUUGAACGAGAAUAAGAAGAAAAAAAAGAAAAACAAUCGAAUUGUUUUCGACACACUAAACGCACCACAAUUUCUUCUGACCGCGACAGCAAGCCCCAACAGUAAGAGGAAGAGAGCUGCUAAAUUGUGCUAAAUAAAGACAUUCAAUCGUCUCGCGCGUCUGUGAAAAAUACUAGAGACACAGUGACGAGGUAGAGCGAGAGAGAGAGAGUGUGUGAGCGAGAGACACAUUCCAUUGGGAGUGCACGGUGUGUGACAUUAUGCCGUUGUUGGUAGCACAAAGAAACACACACCAAGGAGUAGCGGUAUUAGAUCGUUGCCAUCGUGCCACUAGUAACAAACUAUUAUUGGAACAUCAACAACCGCUCGAUUUUACUAUGUCCAAAUAUAAACCAACGUCACGUCAUCAAUUGUAUCGUCAAAUCUAUAGCGCCGAAGAUUCAUUGCAAUACGAUCAAAAAAUGCAAGAUCAAGAUAUGCAGUGGCACCGCCCGGUGACAACUCUAUCAGCCUCAUCAUCGAUGACAACGCAAUCGACACACAAUAAACCGAAGCAAAUGAACAGUAGCAUACCAUUUAGAGAGUUGCUACUACAACAGCAGCAAAGUAAAUUAUUGGCCGCCGAUGUGAAUGCAACAAAUGCCAGCGGCGGCGGCGGUGGUGGUGGCAAUAACCAUGGUGGCAUCGCGACCACAGCAAACAUUGAGAAUGCGGCCAAUGCAAUCAUAUCGUCGGCCGUUGAACAGGAUCGCAUUGCGUUGGCAACACAUUUUCAAGAGCGCGAUCGAUUGAUACUACAGCACCAGCAACAUCAAUUGCAACGAAAGCAAAAGCAUAAACAAUUGGACGAACACGAAAAGCCCUUUAGCUCUAGUAAUCGCAUCAGAGACUUUGUGAUAGGAGGCAGCGGCGGCGGUGGUGUUGUUGAUCGAGUCACAAAUAUCGCUUCUGGGAAAACGUCCGAUUUGAAUCGAUUAUCCAAAUCCCCAUCUCCGGUACCUUCACACGAUGAUGCAGACAGUAACGAUUCAUGUUGCCCGCGUGUUAAAUCGGAAUCACCAGAACUUUGCCAUGAUGAGCGACCCACAAAUCUUCAUUUGAUUACCGACCAAUCGAGAAACACACCAUCGCCACCUCCAAUUCCAGCAACAAAUAUGGCAUCUGCAUUAGCCGCAUUACAAAGCCAAUUGCAAUUGAGCCCGUUGUUAAUGCCAAAUCAUAUGGGUCUCGGCAACAUGGCCGGUAUGUCACCGCAAGAAUUGACCGCACUCACACAAGCAUUCCAACAAAUGCAACAAGUUUCGUUGCAACAACAACUACAAAGCUAUAUGGAACUGUUGCAUACCAGUAGCUUGGGCCAACAGAAAAAUGCAAACGCUGCAAAUGCACAAGUUCAAGCUGCCGCACAAUUUUUCCAGGUGGCACAAGCAGCUCAGCAAUUGCAAGCAUUACAAAAGCAACAACAAAUAAAAAACCAAGCAUCAGCUGCAAUGUCAAAUUCUCCGGUGCAAAGUCCGUCGGGUAGUCCCGGCAUUCCAACGCCGACAUCAAUUUUAGUGGGAAACAAUCAGACGACACCGCCCAAUAUGAAUGCAAAUCUAAAUGUCGGUGGCAUUUUGACACCGUCAACGCCUGGCUCUGGAACGCAUACACCACAAAUGCAAAAACAUUCGGCAAUGCCACGUGCAUUAGAACCGUCACCAGAAGAGCCAGCCGAUUUAGAAGAAUUAGAACAAUUUGCAAAGACAUUCAAGCAACGUCGAAUCAAAUUGGGUUUCACACAAGGCGAUGUUGGCCUGGCCAUGGGCAAACUAUACGGAAAUGAUUUUUCACAAACAACCAUAUCAAGGUUUGAAGCUCUAAACCUAAGCUUUAAAAAUAUGUGCAAACUUAAGCCAUUGCUGCAAAAAUGGCUUGAAGAUGCCGAUAACAGCAUUUCCAAUCCGGGCGGCAGCAUAUUUGGUGCAAGUACACUAAGUAAUCCGUUGACAACACCCGAAACGAUUGGCCGGCGACGCAAGAAGCGUACAUCAAUUGAAACAUCGGUGCGCGGUGCAUUGGAAAAGGAAUUCCAUGCAAAUCCAAAGCCAACAAGUGAAGAAAUAGCCAGAUUAGCCGAUCGAUUGUAUAUGGAAAAGGAGGUAGUUCGUGUGUGGUUUUGUAAUCGUCGCCAAAAAGAAAAACGAAUCAAUCCACCGGGUUCAGAGAGUCCAACUGGUGCUGGCAGUGUGAGUGGCAAUCUAUCAUGGUUGCCGGCUCUAUCGCCCAAUUUGCAACAACAUUAUUCGCAAAUCUCCAGCCUCAAAUCAGAAUGACCAGCUUAAAUUCGAUGAACGACACGAAUAUUAAAACAGACACGCGCCAAAAAAAAUAGCAAAACGAACUGAAAACUUUCACUAGGAAAUCAAUACACAUCACACAGACACACAAAAAUACAAGAUGAAAAUUCAUACGAAACACAUUUUUUCCAGUCAUAUCGCGAACGGGAAAAUUAAAUAAGAAUUUAUUCAAUGCGUUCAAUGGUUUUUUUUUUGUUUUCAUAAAUUAAAAAGUUCGAAUCAAGAAAAAGAAAACAAACUUAUAAAUUUAAAUGGUAUUCGAAAAGACAAGUAGCACAAUAGCAGCAACCAACAUUUAUACAAAGUUCCUAAAACAAAUGUUUUUUGUUUUUAAUUAUCUCAAACACAAAACCGAAUUGAAAAAAAUAGAAAAAUCGCCGAACGCUAUUUUCAAUCAUCAUUUACGCUUUUUCUUUUAUUUUUCUCUGAACAACAUAGGAUUAGAACCGAUGUAAAAUUCCGUCGAUGACAUAUGUCGAAUAUAUCGCAAUAUGUCACAGUGCAAUUCUGUUGAUACCGGUACUAAUAUACAUAUAGAUUGUCUUUCUUUAUAUUUUCUUUUUCAUUUGCACUUCUCUUCAUUUUAUGAAACAAUAAGUUCCUAAUACAGUUUAUAAUACAUUUUUAUGGUUUUGUUCUCUUUUGUUUUAAAGGAAAACAAAUUAGACAGUAUAAGCUAAAAUUAUAUGAACAUAGCGAAUUAAAAAGACACACAUACACACACACGCCCCCUCCCAGCAUAUAGAAAACAUUUAUGGCAAAUAUAUGAACAUUUAUGAGGAAAUUUUUUUGGAGCAAAAGCCAAAACGAAGGCUAUUAUAGAACUAUAAUACUAGCAAAGACAUAAAAAGAAGCAAAUGUAUAUAAAAUUAAGUAGACUAAUUUAACUUUAAAUGUCACUUGUGAAAUGUAAAAAAAAUGAUUGAUAAAGAAUAAUUAAUAAGAAAAGAAAGACAGAAAAAAAAUUGAAAAAAAAUGAUAACGAAGCUGUUACAUUUAAAUUUAGAUGAAGUUAGAGCUAUACACAGUUUAAAAAAAUAUCGACAAUUGGCUGAUGAUAACGGUGAAAAUCCACAUACUAAAUUUUUUUUCAGAUCAAUAAAGGAUUAUGCUUAA